AUGCUUAACAACCUGGACCCUCCGGCAUCAGGAGAGCUGGAUGAGGAUGACCUCAUGCUGGAUGUGGACCUCCCAGAGGAAGGCUUGCACGACGCUGACAGGAUGUCCCACUUUGAGUGCUCAGAGAGGGCCGGUCGGCAAGGGCAGCGGCGUAGACACCAUCGCUGGAGUGGACCAGAUAACUUCUACAAUGAUGGCAGGACCCAUGUUGUUCAACACUAUGACGGUCUCAAGGCUUCGAGGAUCUCUUCACGCUCUGUCCCCUCUGAAGGCAGGCAGCAUGGCUACAUGGCAAUGCUGGAUGAACUCACACUCGAACACGUGACUCAGGACUGCGGCUCGCUGAAGAACCAGCUGCUCAGGCUCAAAACAAUGCUACAGCUUGAGGAUACUGACUCUCCAGCAGAUGUUCCUGAAGAGAUUGAAGACAAUACAACUGCAUCACAGUUGGAGGAGCUGAUCAAGGAAGUGCAGGUGCUCAGAGAGGAGCUGAGGAGCCGAGACAAGACCAUCGCUCAGCUCACAUUGCAGAGCCAACAGUUACAACAUCAGCGGGAACCAAUGCCUGCACAGGGGCGGUCGGUCAGAUGUCAGUGUCACCACCAGAGGGCGCCCUCUUCACUACGACAGGGAGAGAGACAGAUGGACAGGCGGACGCAGCAUCACUAUGACAAAGCCACGCAGACCUACUGGAGACCACAGAGCCAAGCUCCUCAAAUACUUCAGCCUUUCAACCCCUGCCUCAACGAGCACCUCCACCAGGGAAGACAAGUAAAAACUCCCCCCACCGAGGGCCGCAGUGACUUCACAAGGAGUAGAUCAGAGGAAGAAGGAACGGACAAUGAUGCUUGUCGUCCUCCUGAUGACCCCGUGGCAGAUGUGUCUGGGCCGGCAGACCCCGACGGGCUGCCUCGUCUCCUCCGCACCCACCUACGUCCUGCAGCUCCACAGGGAGUCUCUGCCAGUGACAGUGCAGCAUCAGAAGCUCAGUCUGCAGCGCAGCGUGGAGGUGGGGCACCCGCUGUGAUUUCGCAGAGCUCUGUCACUCCUAAAUCUGCUGGUUCCUCUAGCCCUCGCAUGCUGCAGCCCCCUCGCCUUCACAAGCGCGUGUCUCUUCCCGCACUCAAGCCAGGGGGCACUGGUAGCUUCGCCUCUCUGAAGCCAGGCUGCUCUUUAGGACCCCUGGCUAACCGGACCAAGCAGCUGCCCCCUCCGUCUAGAGGCCUUCCCUGCUUUAACGCUGGACCCCAGGUUCAGUCUCUAAGUCUCUGUCGCACUUCACUGCUUCAGCCUCGCAGAGCAUCGGAGCCUUUCAGUGAUCCGCGGGGCUUCCACUCCAGCCUGGAGGAGCCCAAUCAGGGGACACUCAGAGACCCUCGGUCUGCCAGGAUCCUGAUCCCUUUGAGUCGCUCAGGCCUCCCCAAGCCAAAGAUUCCCUGAGGAGCCUAAUCUCACCCGUCAGAACUUAAAACAGGAUUCACUCUGACAUUGAUAUUCACCCCCUACCCCCCUUAGACAUUAUAACAGUGUCAGUGUUUUUCCUUUUGGAUGUCACAAGAACAUACACUGAGCUCAUUAACCCACAUGGACCAAUCAGGGACUACCUGUGUCACUGACAUUGGUUUUGUGACUGCGGCAUUCACAUCUACAACUCCCACAUGAUUAACUGAUUUAAAUAAAGUAUGAGCAGGAUCUUAUCUUCCAUAGUGGUAUGUGACAGUUUUCAGAUUCAGGGGGAUUGAUGAAAGAAGAAGCGUCCAUUUAACAAGCCUUGCGCAUGCAUAUGAAUGAAUAAUAGUGUUACCAUUCACAGGGGACAGCUUUAGUUUUGUAUACCCGCUGGCUGUUAUGAAGUUUAAAAGUUUAAGUUCACAGCUGAGCCCUUUGAAACACAGGUGCAUUUGGUUUCAGACAUGGAGGGGACAUAAAUGUGACCUUUUCAGUGUAAUAGAAGACCCAGAGGCAGAUGGAGGCAAACAUAUAAAGUGGUAAAAAGAAGGAUAACAUAAAAGCAGAAGUGGCAUGGGGGCUGGUUUGAAAAACAAAUGUGUCAAAGUGCUCUGGAGCUGUCACUCCAAGAAAGAAAAGGUGUUUUUGUAAAUGUGCCAGAGUGUAUGUAUGGAGGUGAGAAAUGACAGACAUGGAGGUGAAGUGCAUACAUGUUUUUAUUUCAGUUGCAACUCACACCCUCUGUGUGCAAUUAAUCCAUCUCAGACGGGAAUAUAGGCUUAUAAAUAACAGUAUCAUGCUGGCGGUGGAGAUGAUGGUUUCGUCAUUUAGUUGAGAGAGCGGCGUACAAAAGCACUCGCACUUAAGUGUGCUCAGGUACGACCUAGGCUUUACUCAUAUUUGCGAACACACACAGUACUAACAGUGUGGAGCAGUUAUUUUAGAGCUACUUUAGAGAUGGAAAACAGUGAAGAGUACCAGGGAACAUUAUGUGUGACCUGAGUGAGGAGAAAAGCAUGUAACAAAAUUAAUUUAUUAUAUAUGAGUAUUUCAUGUGGCCAGGGAAAGGAAAGUUUGGGGCUCUCUGCUGGA